GCUGCUGCCACCCUAUUAGCGGCAAACGAAAAGGAUUACUUCGUGUUGGACAACCUGGACUGCCAUGUCGACUCACCGCCCAGAGACCCGCUUUUGCCUUCCAAAACUCAAAUCGGCGUCGGGAUUUUUCUGCCGCUGAUUUUGCUAGAGACAACAGUCACUUCAGACACACCCAUCAUGGCUGAGAAGGUCGAUUUCCAGGGGGAUUCCCCCGAGGCCAGCGACGCUGCAAGCAGCCCUGAAUUCGAUACUGCGCCUGAAUCGCAGAAGAAGAAAGCAACCAAGGACAGUUCGGACCCGAACCAACCAAGAAGAGAGCUUUUCGUUCGUUCGCUUCCCGCCUCAGCGACAACCGAGGGCCUUACGGAACAUUUUUCGCAAUCCUACAUUAUCAAGCAUGCCAUUGUUGUCAACGACCCGGAGACGAAACUGUCGAAGGGCUACGGUUUCGUAACAUUCGCCGAUGUGGAGGACGCAAAGGCCGCGCUGGAAGAACUCAAUGGCUCCGUCUUUGAGGGAAAAAAGAUCAAGGUUGAAUAUGCGCAACCGCGUCAUCGUGUCGUCGAUGAGAACCUCAGACGGAGCAAGCCGUCGGCUGAAGCUCUGGAACUUAAGAAGAAGAGAGAAGAAAAGAGGGCUGCGACUCAGCCCCCCAAGCUGAUCGUUCGCAACUUGCCCUGGAGUAUCAAGGAGCCCGAUGAUCUGGCCGUUCUCUUCCGCAGCUUUGGAAAGGUUAAACAAGCUACCCUUCCGAAGAAAGGCACUCAGUUGGCGGGCUUUGGAUUCGUCGUCUUGCGCGGAAAGAAGAACGCAGAAAAGGCGUUGCAGGCAGUGAACGGGAAGGAGGUUGACGGAAGAACACUGGCCGUUGACUGGGCUGUUGAAAAGGAGGUUUGGGAGAACCUACAAAAGGAUCAGGAAGAUACCGAAGAUCAGGAACCGAAGGAUGUCGAUAUGACAGAUGGAAAGGAGGAGGCAGGAGAAGAGGGUUCAGACGAUGAAGCCAACUCUGCUGAGGAGGACGAUAUUGAAGGCGUGAGUGAUGGCGAGGACGACGAUGAUGAGGAGGAGGAGGAUUCCGACCAGGAGGACGACGAGAUGGAAGAUGAAGAAAAAAAGGAAGACGACAGAAACGACUCGACUAUUUUCAUCCGAAACCUUCCUUUCACCUGCGACGACGAUAUGCUCUACGAACACUUCACUCAGUUCGGACCCCUUCGGUAUGCGCGAAUUGUUGUCGAUCAUGAGACUGAGCGUCCUCGUGGUACUGGCUUUGUUUGCUUUUGGAAGUCAGAGGAUGCAGCAUCAUGUGUGCGCGACAGCCCCAAGCAGCAGGACACCCUUGCUGCGGACAAAGACAAAGCAAAGAAAGCUGCCACCGCAUACAAACAUUCGGUUCUACAGAAUGAGAAUGCCGAUCCCACCGGACGGUAUACACUGGAUGGUCGUGUGCUGCAGGUAGCUCGUGCCGUGAGUAGGUCUCGUGCUACACAAUUGGAAGAAGAGGGGGUUUCUCGCCGACUUGUUCGUGACACCGACAAGCGUCGACUUUACCUUGUUUCCGAGGGUACCGUUGGGCCGAGCUCGCCUCUGUACAAGAAGCUCUCUCCGUCCGAGAUCAAGAUGAGAGAAGACAGUUUUAAGCAGCGACAGAACUUUAUCAAGAAAAACCCGGAUCUUCACUUCAGCUUGACACGUUUAUCGAUCCGUAAUAUCCCCCGUCAUGUCACCACAAAAGAUUUGAAACAACUCGCCCGCCAAGGAAUCGUUGGUUUUGCCCAGGAUGUCAAGAAGGGGAUCCGCCAACCUCUAUCCAAGGAGGAAAACGACAGAGCGUCCGACAUCAUGAGGGAGGCUGAAAGGCAGCGGAAGCAAAAGGGUGUCGGUGUCGUGAGACAAGCUAAGAUCGUCUUUGAAAGCCGAGAUGGCCACAAGGUCAAUGAGGAUAGUGGUGCAGGCAGAAGUAGAGGUUAUGGUUUCAUUGAGUACUAUACCCAUCGUCAUGCGCUGAUGGGGCUACGAUGGCUCAAUGGCCAUGCCGUUGAGGCGCCUAAGACUGGCACGGAGGAUAUUGCUGACAAGAAGAAGCGGCUUAUCGUCGAGUUCGCCAUUGAAAACGCACAGGUCGUCAAGCGCCGCGAUGAACAACAAGCUAGAGCACGCACUUUCAGGAACGGGGAUCAAGACGGCGAACGCAGCUCGAGAAGAGACAACCCGAAGAACAGGGGCCCUCCCAACAAAGGCCCUUCCAACAGAGGCCCUCCCAAUAAGGGUUCCAACAAAGAGGGGCCUCCCAAUGGUCAGAAGAGAAAGCGCUCCGAGACCAGCGAUAAAGGUGGAGAGGGAGAGGAUGCCGAGGAACAAAACAAGAUUGCUAAGCGCAAUCGGAUCAUCGCGAAGAAGAGAAUGCAGCGACGAUCUCGGAAGUGAACGGCUUAAACCGGGUACAUAUAUAAAAGUCAAUGUGGGUUAUAUACAUAGAUAGCUAAUGAUUACUGUG